CAUGUCAGAUGGGGAGGUUUCCAUGGUAAGUGCGGUCUAUAGGGAUUCGGUUGUUACCCAAUAGUGCUCGCGCAAACACGCUAACCAACCAACCUCCGGGAGGCUGGGCUUAAUGCUGUGUGUCCAAGAUGGCGGUUAUCUCCAUUGAAAGGAUGGGGCUGCUGUCUGUAGUCUGUGUGUCUCUGUUUUUCAGCAGCGCCUUUGCUGUGGAUCGGGGCAACUUUAAAACCUGUGAUCAGAGUGCUUUCUGCAAACGUCAGCGGGCGCUCAAGCCGGGUCAGUCCCCAUACAGGGCUCUUCUGGAAACUUUGGAGCUUAGUGACUCUCGACUGACCCUCCAGCUCAUCAAUGACAACAACAAGGUGCACUUGCUGUUGGAGCUGUACAGACUGCAGGGGAAUAUGACGCGGGUGAAAAUAAAUGAGUUGAAACCUCUGAAGCCGCGCUUUGAGGUGCCAGACGUGCUCAUAGCAGAGCCUCCUACUGAGCCGUGAGUGUGUCUCUGAUCUGAGAGUGCACGAUGGUAUUCAGAGAACAGUCGAACACAUGCAUGAUUUAUUGUGU